CAGUAUUUCCCAUUUUGGGACUACCCAAAUUUGUCACGUGACCAUAAUUAGCCCAAUCAAAUCUCGCGGCGGUUUCUCAACGUCCACAAACAUGGCGGCGUGCUGUUUGUGUUUUUGUCUCACCUGACGAAUUUUUAGGAAUUUCUCCACUAAAAUAAGCCACUUUCAAUGUGAUUCUUGUCAGGGUACCUCCUGGCUGUAGUUUGAUAGAUUGACACCUGCCACUCAUAAUGCAGCAUGUCGUCUGACGAGGAGAUCCUGAUGCGGAAUGUGUCGGACCUGCGGAAACGGCUGCAGCAGACGGAGCAGAGUCUCCGCAGGCUGGACACCGCAGCAGUGGCUGCAGCAGUGGACGCCAACGGAUUUGAUGAUUUCCAGUCCAACUUCUCGUCUCCAGAGAGGUUACCACCUUUGACCCUCGAGGACUUGACCCCUGACCCCUCAGAACAUGCCUUGGAUGACCGUGGUUUCUAUAGCAACCAUGAUGCAGUAGCUCCGGUAGGCCUGUCCUAUGGGAAUGUGAGGGCUGAUUUUGGUGUUCCCAUGCAAAGAGAUAUGCCGUCCUCUGCAAGGUCACGGUCGUCUGCCUCCAGCUUUGACAUGGGGGACGGAGAAAACGAGCUCCUUCGGAGGAAGCUGGCAAAACUUCGGCAGGAGAACACUCAGCUGAUCUCCCAGAACCACAAGCUACACACCGACAUGGAGAACACCAUGUACCAGCUGCACCAGUCCAACAAUAAGAUGAAGAUCCUGACCAUGGAGCUGGAGGCUCACAAGGAAAGUGUCCCUUCACUGGAGGACAAGGUGGUUAGUUUGGAGGCAGAAGUCACUGCACACGACAAGGCAUUAAGAGAGGCAGAGGAAAGGCUUGAUGAGGUGCAGAGACAGCUCACAGACAGGGAGCGGGACGUCAAGAGACUCCAGGCAGAAAACAAAAGCAUCAAGGCAGACCUACUGGAGGAGACGGGGGAGAGGAAAAGAUCUGAGAACCAGCGAGACGAAGCCCUGCAGAGGGUGGAGGAACUGUCAGAAGAGCUGGAGGACUAUAGGUCAAAGGUCAAAGAGAAACUCAAGAAGCACCAGUCAACAGAAGAGCAGCUGCGGGACAGCCUGCUCCAUUCGGACCGCGAGAGGGGAGAGCUGCUGGACCGAGCAACCUCGCUGGAGGCACAGGUCAAGGACCUGCAACAGCAGCUCAAGAGGUUACAGAAUGAAGGAACGGUUGAGAGGACGUCCAAGACGGAUCUCGAGACGCAGAACCUUGAGAUGCAGCGGACGGUCAGUCGGCAGGCGCACAGGAUCAACCGACUGGAGAGUGACCUGGGAGCCAAGGAACAAGAGAACACAGACUUGAAGCUGCUGUCAAGCCGCCAGAAGGAGAAGCUUGCCAAGUGUCAGUACGAAGUGGAGCAGAGUCAGUCUGAGCUGAGGAGACUGGAGGCCAUGGUGCAGCGGAUACAGGAGAAGUCACAUGUCACUUUCACGCCCACCAGUGAUUCUGGGUUCAGUCAGCGGCAUCGGGACGGAGACUCCACCAGUCCAGACGAGGCGGACGGAAACGUGUCUCCCAGCAGGGCCACGGUGGCUGACCUCAGGUUAAAACUUGCCAUGAAGGAAGCAGAGAUCCAGAAACUGCAGGCUAAUCUCACCUCCAUGACGGCUGCAGCUGCGGUUAGCCAGCGGGAAGCCAUCGGACUUAACGACAGCGGGCGUAUGGACGGGCUGAGGAAGGAACUCACAGCCAUUAUUGAGAGGAGUAGACUAGGUGAUAGAAAGUCUCAGGAGUUGGAGCACAUCAUUGGUCGACUGGAGGAUGAACGUAGCAAACACGCCUCCAAACUGCUGCGGCUGGAGGAACAGCUGGCAGACAAGACUGCACAGGUAACGUCUUUGGAGACCAGGCUUUCCCAGAGGACAAACAGAUACAGUGAAGCGCAGAAAGAACUAGAUGACAAGUGUGAAGAGGUUACUACAAUGCAAAGAGAGUUGCGACAGAAGAACUCACAGAUCUCCAUGCUUGAGAAGCAGCUUGAUGAGAAGGUGGAGGCCUUCACGCUCCAUGCCACCAAACUGUCAGAGCUCGAGGAAGAGCUGCGGGAAAAGAGCUUCACCCUGAACGAACUCCGCUCCCAGCUGGAGGAGAAGGACUCGGAGCUCAGCCAGUCCAUGGCCUCAUCCUCACGGAUGAAGAACCUGCACUCUGAGCAGUGCAAGGAGCUGGAGGGGCAGAUAGAACUGCUCCAACAGCGAGUGGAAGAGAAGAUGAUGUUGUUACGAGAGUCAGAGCUGAUGGUGGACUCCCUGCGAGGGGAGAUGUCCCUGAAGACUGCACAGGUGGAGCAGCUACAGGUGGCACUGGAGGAGAAGUCCAAGGAACUGAACAGAGAAACAAGGCAGAACCAACAGGCACUGAAAUCCCUGGAACAGCAGGCAGCCGACGGGACCUCCCGGGUCAGGCAGAUGGAGAGCGCCCUCAUGCAGACCAAGGAGGAACUGCAGACGUACGUGACUCAGCUGGAGGACAACAAGAAGCAGCAUGACAGAGAGGUUGCCAAAAAAGAGGAAGAGCUGAAGAGGCUGCAGAAGCAGCUCCAGCAGACCAGGCGAGAUGUGGAGGAGAGGGCGGGGCACAUCGUGGAGCUGGAGCGGGCGCUGGACCACAGGCAGCAGAUGUUACAGCAGAGCACCAGCAGGAUAGAGGAGCUGGAGGAUGGGCACAGCAACAUGGAACAGCAGCUGUCCAAGUUGGAGAGGGAUCUGCAGAGGCAGAAGUCGUCCACAGCAGAUGAGCUGAGAGACAUGGAAGGGAAACUUCACCAGGCUUGUCGUGAUCUGGAGACAGGCAGGCAGCAAGUCCAGGAUCUCACCAAUACUAUCAGGCAGCUGCAGGUUGAGCUGAAGCACAGCACCGACCAGGUCAGCAUGCUGGAGUCACAGCUGGGAGAGACACAGCGGGACGGGGACAGCAAGGACAGGAGGGUCAGCGACCUGGAGGUCAAGGUCAGGGAAACGGAGAAGAACCUGGAGAAUAAGAUGCAGGAAGUAAGAAAACUUGAGGAGCAGCUGGCCCAAACGGAGAUCGCAUCAGAAGAGAGACUCCAGCAGAACGGUCGGCUCAGCGAGGCCCUCGAGCAGACCCAGGCGGAACUGCACCAGACCAUGAACCAGCUGGAGGAUCUGGAGAAGGUGCUGAACCAGCAGAGGUCGGAGGUCAAGAAAAAGGACGGAGUGGUUCAAGAGAUGAGGAGCUCGCUCAAGAAGAGUGAGGAUGAGCUGCGCAGUAAAGACCGGGACCUGCAGCAGAUGGACCAGGUGCUGAGGGAACAGCAGUGGCAGCUUAAACAGCGGGCAGCUCAGGUGACCCAACUUGACAUGAGCAUCAAGGAACACAGGAGUGAGAUGGAACAGAAAUGCAUCCAGCUGGAAACUGCCUACAGUAGAGGUCAACUGGAGGUCAAGGACAAGAACAGACAGAUCUCAGAGCUAGACGAGCGUCUGCAGGAGCUGCAGUCGCAGCUGCGUGAGAAGGACCUGCAGGUGCAGCAUAUCUCUGAGCUUGACGAGCGUCUGCAGGAGCUGCAGUCCCAGCUGCGUGAGAAGGACCUGCAGGUGCAACAGCUGGAGCAGCAGACAGCCGCGCUCAAGAAGGACAUCGCACAGCGGGUGGAGAAAGCUGACCAGCUGCAAAAGAGGGUGGAGAAAGCUGAGCAGCUGCAAAAGCAACUCGAUGAGCAGCACAGUCACGCAGCUGAGCUUCAGGAAGAUGGCCUGGAGCAGGGGCAGCAGCUGCGGCUGACCAGGGAACAGAUGCAGAGGCAGCACGUAGAGCUGACAGAGGCGCACAGACAGCUGGCGCAGGUGCAGCGCGACUGCGACAGGCUCACCAGGGAACUGGAAGCCACUAUAGCAGUGUCACAGGACAAAGAGGCGGAUGCCAGUCGGCUGGCUGAGGAGCUGGGUGCAGCGAAGGCCCGUGAAGCGCAGGCAGAGUCCAGGGCUCAGGCCGAGGUCAGGAAACUCAAGACGGAGAUGAUGACUGUACAGGAGCAGCAUCAGAACAAGGUACAAUGGAUUGCAAUGGAUUUUUUUCAGUCUUUACAUGUACAGCUGGUGAUAAGAAGUGUAGAUUACUUCUGGAUGUUUUGAGUGACAUCCAUAGUC